UACGAAUGUGAUAUUUUAUAGCUAUCCAAUGCCAAACGAUAUUUAUCUUGUUUAAGUACUGCGGAGCAGGUUCGUCAUCAAUUUAUCAUAUGCGGCCAUCUAUUGCUUGUAUCGCUUACUCCAAGACGCUAGGGGUCCUCAUCGCAAAAUAACAAACUGGUAGAUGUAUUGGCUGUCGACUUACUUGGAAGCUGGGACUGACGGGUUUUCGAAAGAGAUACAAACCCUCUGUAAUGAACGCAUUUCUACCUUCCAGCGGCACAAGCAAGGGAACAGGCUAGCGCUGACAUAUUAUGGCGCUACCCCAGAUAUGGGCUUCUCUGGGUCUCCAGAGAAUUCUCCCUCAACAAUCUUUAUUGGCUUCUCUCCAAUGGGUCCGAACCUUGGUCAGCUAUACCCAAACUUCAAACGACGAGAACAGGUUAUUGCUUAAAAACCUGAAAAUGCUGGGAGUGGAUGUGAAAAUGGCCCGUAAACGUCAACCUGGUGUUUUGAAGAAGGCCAUCACCAAUGAACACGGACUGGUGAGCUUCCUGCAAACCAAAGGGGCCAGCCGUGAGGUGGUGGCCGGUAUCAUCACGCGCUUCCCCCGCUCCAUCACUCGUUCUGGGGAGCACCUGGAGGAACGCUGGCAACUGUGGCGGAGCGUGUUCCAGAGUGAUAGCGAGAUUGUCAGUAUUCUGAACCGUUCACCCGAGUCAUUCUUCCGUUCCAGCGACAACGACAACUUGGAGAAGAAUAUAGUCUUCCUCGGUUCGCUGGGACUGGACUCCAAGGACCUGCAUCGGCUGCUCACCACCGCACCGCGCACCUUCUCCAACAGCGUGGAGCUCAACCGUCAGAUGGUGGACCUGCUGCAGGAUGUGUGUUUAAGCCUAGGUGGGACAGAUCCUAGUCAGUUCGCAAAGGCUAUCAUAUCAAGGAACCUUUACAUCCUGAUCCGCAGCACGAAACGUGUUAAGUCCAAUGUGGAGUUCCUUCAGUCUUCACUGGGACUGAAGAACUCGGAUCUGCUGGUUCUGCUGCAGGGAAAUGGGGCAGAAAUCCUGGACCUCUCCCAUGAAAUCCUCAAGAGGAAUUUUAGAAUGCUACAGGAGAAGCUGGACUCGCUGGGCGGCACCAAGGAGGAUGCCAACAAACUCCUUAUGAACUAUGCUUCAAUACUCUUUGUUUCUCCAGGGCGGUUGAGCGACAAACUGGACUGCUUGCUAAAGGCAGGAAUUACUGUAAGGCAAAUUAUGGAAAAGCCAAAGGUCCUGGACUUUAGCCUUGAGAACUUGAUGUGGCGACUAGAUGAACUAACAAAGGUUGGCUAUGACUUCAACCAGAAUGGGAUUGCUGUUUUGGAUAGUAGUCGCAAGCGUUUUGAGGCCAAGUUAGAGAAGCUGAAUUCUGAAGUCUGAAUUUAUUACAUUUUUGUUGAUUGCCUGCAUAAUUUGAAAUACAGCUUUCUUUCCAUGUCAUGUCUGACUAUAACUGAAUAACGUUAUGCAUAAUUAUGCUAUUUUUAAUUGAAAACUUGUCUUGGAUCCAUGGUGAGGAAACAAGAAAUACUGAACUGUGUUGGGUGGGUGACAGGCUGGCUAUGUUUGGUCAGAUUCAUUCAAAACACUGUUCAACCAUAAAUAAAGAAUAUGCUAUAUGGCUUUUCAGUGCAA